AAAAUGAAACGAACUGUUAUGGGCUCUGAGAGUGAUUUUUAUUAAAGAUGCCCGAAUAUAUCUCCACAACCUUGGCAACAACAUUAAAAAAAAUUUAAAAAAAAAAACAAAUCAAGGCGAUGGCAGCUCAAGCAGAUGAGAAAGAGAGUGCUGAGUCAUUAUUGGCUGAAAUCCAGAAGAAAAUUAGCGAUGCUUUUGACAUUUUUGAUCAUGAAAGUAACAAAACUGUAGAUGUUCGUGAAGUUGGGACGAUUAUCCGUUCUCUUGGAUGUUGUCCAAGUGAAGGUGAACUGCAUGAUCUUCUAGCAGAUAUGGAGGAAGAGGAACCAACAGGUUACAUUCGUUACGACAAGUUCUUGCCAAUAAUGACUGGAAUUCUCAUGGAAAGAAA